AUGCGGAGCGUCCUCGUCCUCGUCCUCGUCCUCGUCCUCAUCCGCCUCAUCCUCAUCCUCAUCCUCAUCCUCAUCCUCAUCCUCAUCCUCAUCCUCAUCCUCAUCCUCAUCCUCAUCCUCAUCCUCAUCCUCAUCCUCAUCCUCAUGGCUGACGUAGAUCUUGCUGCUUGGGAUAGGGGCUCGAGGCCGGGACUGUACAAGUCUUGA